AGAUGUCAAUUGCUAAGUCAUUUAAAAUUUAAAAAUACACCAACAACAACACCGGCUUGGGGACUGGCACAGCUGGGAAUGGGGAGUCUCUUGCAGACAGGGGCUCACUAGAUCUUUUUGUCAAUUUUUCUCGAGAAAUAACAAAAGAAACCUUUCAAAAUGGACAAUUUAGAAGCUAACAUAAUGGAUAAGUCCAUGCGAUCUGUCUUUGUGGGAAACAUUCCAUACGAGGCCACAGAAGAAAAACUAAAGGAUAUAUUCGGGGAAGUUGGUCAAGUAUUGUCUUUCAAACUCGUCUUUGAUCGUGAAACUGGCAAACCAAAAGGUUAUGGAUUCUGUGAAUACCGUGACCAAGAAACCGCCCUGAGCGCUAUGAGGAAUCUAAAUAGCUACGAAAUUGGAGGUCGUAACUUGCGAGUAGACAAUGCUUGUACUGAAAAAUCUCGAAUGGAAAUGCAAAAUUUACUCAACCAACCACCCAUAGAAAAUCCCUAUGGAGAACCGGUUCAAUCAGAAAAAGCUCCUGAGGCUAUCAGUAAAGCAGUUGCCUCUUUGCCACCAGAACAGAUGUUUGAAUUGAUGAAGCAAAUGAAAACCACUAUUCAAAACAAUCCCACUGAAGCUAGACAAAUGUUAUUGCAAAAUCCACAAUUUGCUUAUGCUUUACUUCAAGCACAAGUAGUUAUGAAAAUCAUCGAUGCUAAUACAGCAGCAUCACUUCUUCAUCCUGUAAAUCAAGUUCCAGCAACACUGAUGCCUGGAGACAAAAACGUUUCUGUUCAAGUGCCCAUAAAUAGAGAGUUUCAAGCUGCUCCAGCUCCAGUUGCUCCACCCAGGCAAGAGUUUCAACCUGUUCCAGCUCCAAUUAUUAUUCCAAACACCAAUCAUAGUGCACCAGUGUUUACCAGUAUGAAUGAUGUUGAUUUCAGAGCUAUGGAUCCAAGAGUACCAACUGUUGACCCUAGAUUGAACCGCAUGGCUGAUCAGGAUCUGAGGAUGCCGCCCGCAGUGCAAAUUUCAAAUCCUUUGCCACCAGUCGAGAGCUUUUCUUCAGCAGCAUCUACAGAACCUAACGCUAGCUUUCCUAGGGAUCCAAGAGAAGUUAGAAACGGCCCUGGUGCCUUUUCCAAUGAUCCUCGACAGUUGGGAAGAGUUGAUCCUAGGCAAAAAGCUGCUGCUGCACCAGUUCCAGUCUCUCAACCCCCCAGACCGUCACAAGCAGCUGCAGCAGCUUCUAUGGCUUCAGUAAAUGGAGCAAUGCCACCUGGUGCUUCUGAUCAAGAAAAGGCUGCUCUUAUAAUGCAAGUCUUGCAAUUGUCUGAUGAACAAAUCGCCAUGCUGCCUCCAGAGCAAAGGAAUAGUAUUUUGGUGUUGAAGGAACAGAUAGCUAAGAGUGCUCAGGGACGUUAAGAAUAUCAUUAAUCUUCACAGGUUUAAACAAAAUUAAUCACUAAUUGAAAUUAUAGUUCUUAGUCCUUAUAUAUUACAAUACAUAAUUGGAUUUUGAAUUAUGAUUUUAUUUUUGUAUGCACUGAAAGCAAAUUCUAGGUGAUUGUUUGUUUUCAGAAAAAUGUUGAACUUAUAAAAUUGAGACAAUAUAAAGCUCUUUCGAACUUGAAAC